GUGUGUUGAAAAAUGGCGACCUACGCGGAUGAAAUGAAAAAGUUUUUUGAAGCCAAUAGCCGGACACGCGAUGUUCAGGCACAUACAGCUAAAGUUCAUUCAGUUGCCUGGAGUUGUGAUGGACGCCGUUUAGCCUCAGGAUCAUUUGAUAAAACUGUGUGCAUUUAUAUGUUAGAUAAAGACAGACUGACUAAAGACUAUACAGUGUUCAGGGGUCAUGGGGCAAGUGUGGACCAAUUAUGCUGGAAUCCUCGUAAUCCUGACCAAUUGGCAACUGCCAGUGGGGAUAAAACUGUUCGAAUUUGGGACGCCAGAGCCAACAAAGCUGCAGCAACUGUGAAUACAAAAGGUGAAAAUAUCAAUAUAUGUUGGUCUCCUGAUGGCAGCACUAUAGCAGUUGGGAAUAAAGAUGACUUGGUGACAUUUAUAGAUGUGAAAACACACAGAUCCAAAGCUGAGGAGCAGUUUAAGUUUGAAGUCAAUGAAAUUUCAUGGAACAAUGAAGGGGAUGCGUUUUUCCUUACCAGUGGCCAUGGGAGUGUACAUAUAUUCAGCUAUCCUGAAUUGAAAACCCUCCAUGUUUUGAAUGCACACCCUGCCAACUGUAUAUGUAUAGAGUUUGAUCCCACUGGCCAGUAUUUUGCUAUAGGAAGUGCAGAUGCCCUUGUGAGCUUAUGGAACCUGCCGGAGCUGGUGUGUAUGAGGACAUUUUCCAGGUUGGAGUGGCCCGUUAGGACUCUGAGUUUCAGCAAUGAUGGUAAAAUGCUGGCCUCUGCAUCAGAAGAUUUAAUUAUUGAUAUUGGAGAGGUUGAAACAGGUGAAAAACUUCACCAGAUUACUUGUGAUUCCCCGACCUUCACCGUAGCCUGGCACCCAAAGAGACACCUUCUAGCAUAUGCUUGUGAUGACAGACGUGAUAGGGAUGCUGGCAUUGUCAGGGUCUUUGGUUUCCCUUCUGACACGUGAUUCUAGCUCUGUUUGACAGCUUGUGACGUCUGUGUCUAGCACUCCCAGAAAUUUACUAACGGGUAUUGCCUGUAUUGUGACGACUUGCUGAGUCAUGCUGACCCUGUGAGGGUAUACCCACAACUAUUUUUAGUUCAUGCCACCAUAGGAUUAAAGGGAAGUAAAUUUCAGCAUUUCUUGUUGAAGGGUGUAUGCUGAUUCAAGUGUAUCAAAAAUUCAAUUCAGGUGUUAGCUUUCAUGUGACUAUGUAUAUGUACCUAGAGUAAAUUACAUUACUCCAUGAGCUGAUCAUUUUGUUUUUAUUCUCAAAUCAACUGCCAGUGUAAUAUAGUUUUGAUGUAAAAUUUAGGUUCAUUUUUAAGUCAUGCUUGUUAAAUUUGGAUGAACUCUUUCAUCAUUAUUUAAUGUAUGUUGUAUGUAAAUUUCCUUAUUCAUUAAGGCAAGCUAUGCAAAUUUUUAAUAAUG